AUGUCUAUGCAGUGCAACCACCCUAUACGAGGUUACUGCAAACUUCACAAUAUCAUUCAAGCUGUGAUGCCGUACAGUUGUUACAGAAAUAUGGCGUCUGCUAUCAAGAAAUCUGUGGACUUUAACACAAAACAUUUGAAAACAGGAGAUCCUCUUCCAAAAUGGAAUGGCAAACUUCGUUUAUAUAACAUGAGGUACUGCCCUUACGCACAGAGGUCCGUUCUAGCCCUUAUUGCUAAGAAUGUUGAAUACGAAAUUGUUAACAUUGAUCUUGUUAACAAACCGGAGUGGCUAAAGAGCAAAAGUCCUUUGGGAAUGGUGCCAGCAUUGGAAACAGCUGAUGGCGUCUGUAUAACAGAGAGUUUAAUUGUAAGUGAAUACAUAGACGAAGUGUUUUCGCAGCGCCCACUGCUUUCCAAAAAUCCCGUUAAAAAGGCAAAACAAAAAAUUCUUGUGGAAAUGAUAAGUCCUAUGGAUUCAUUCCUCUUCAAAAUAUACCGAGCCCCAGAUACAAUAAAUGAGGAUACGAUUAAGAAUUAUAACGCUGUAUUGCAAUUCAUUGAAGAUGAAUUGAAGCAACGGCGCACCACGUUCUUGGACGGUACCGAUCCGGGCUAUGCUGACUAUAUGAUUUGGCCCUGGUUUGAGAGGGUUCCAGUUGCUAUUGAAUUUGAUUCUAGAAUAGCUAUAGACGACAAAAAAUAUCCAUCAUUGGUGCAAUACAUAAGGAACAUGCAAAAAGAUCCGGUUGUUAAAGAGUACAUUAUAUCAAAUGAUAUAUACAAGAAGUUCUACGAAGGCUACAAAACUGGAGCACCCGAUCAUGAACUGUUAAAUAAAUGAUUUUUAAAAUU